AUGAGAAGGAUAUAUAAGACAAUGGUGGAGCAAGCAAUCAGAAUAACCUUUCUGGACUAUGCAGACAACAUAGAGUGCUCGUUGGCAAAUAAUGUCUACACGAGGUUUGCACAAGAAACUGGAUUGUGGACACGAUGGAUGGCACGAUUCUGUCUGCAGAAGUUUGUGCAAGUAAUCUCGUGCAUAGCAUGGAGAAUUUGUAUCCCAGCUAAUAUCCUUGAAAAUGCGCAUGCUUACUUGACGGAGAAUCCUACCGAACUGUAUUAA